AAGGGCCUUUUCAACACUCGAAGGAAUUGGUUACACGCUAGAUCCUGAUUUUUCCUUUGUGAAGAUUGCUGCACCUUAUGCACAGGAGCUAUUAGAUUUAAAAGAGAAGCAGCGCUCCGGAACACAACUUGUCGAGGAGAUAAGGAGACAAGCCAAUGAUGCCAGAGCAUACACCAUGUCCAUGCCAUACAGAGUCCAGCGUAUAGAGGAAUUCGUGAAACAACUUGAGACGGGAGAUUUAAAACUCCGAGUGAGGGUACUUGAGUCAGAAAGAGCUGCCCGGAAGGCAACUGUACUUCAAAUGGCCACUAUUUAUACUGUUUUUGGUGGAACCCUGCUAAAUAUUGGGAUCACAGUUAGCAGCCUAGGUAGCCAAGUAAUAGCGAACGGAUCUUUCAUUGGAGCUGGUGUUUUCUUCGCACUAUUAAUUAGGUCCAUGCAAAGAGUGAAGAAGCUUGAUAAAUUUGAGAAGAUGAUUUGAUUCUUGUGCAGGGAGCAAGCACCUCUCUUACCUGUAUAGUGAAUCUAAAUUUUCUGUUUCAAUUAUUUAACAGUGAAAUUGUUUGGUGGUGUGCAUGCCAUCCUCAUGAGUUGUAAGGCAUGUUUCUGCACCAUGGUUAUUUGUAAAGGAAAUUUUGUAAGAAAAUUAUUUGCAAUCUAAGGGUCCAGUACAGAAAAUGUACCUGUUUAUAUUCCAA